AUGAAAUGGAAGUCUAACAUUGGAACUUACUCCUUCAAAUACCAAUGUGAAAAGAAUAACAGGAAAUGUUUGAAUGUAAAGAUUGGACGCUUCUGUAUUGAUCCCACCUAUGGAAUAUCUAAGGCUAAGGAGGAUGCAAGAAUAAAUUGCACAAAUGGUAUGACUGGACAGAAAAUAAAAAGAUGUUCUACAGAUGGAAACUAUGAAGAAGAGGAAGACUUCUGUGUUUCAAUUGUAAUCAAUGAACUUCUGCAGAUCACCAAGAACUCAACUGAAUUAGCUAAGCAACUUCCCAAACUGGUUGAAAAGUUAGUCAGCAUUUCAAAAAGCCAGAAUAACACAACACCUGGUAACCUGCAAGCCUCACUUGAUAUCCUCCACGCCUUUUCAACAGUCUCAAAUGGACCUCAAAAGCCGGUUGUUGUGGAGGGUUUCCUUUCCAUAGUGGAUUCGCUGGUCGAUUUCAAGGUAGAGUCUGCCUGGACCUCAGUGAAGACUGAAAACAAAACAUCCAGCUCUCAAUUAUUAAAGUCAGUGGAAGACUUUACCAGAUUAUUAGAUGCACCUGAUCAAACUUUCAACAUCACUAAACCAAAUAUUCAACUAAAGGGGAUAAAGUAUGAGCCUGGCAAAGAUUAUCAAGUAGAUUUCAAUAAUAAGAUAAAUAACAGAUCAGUAACGAAUAGUGUUUUCAUUAAGCAAAACAAGUUGGUGGAAUUGCCCAAAGACAGUCUUGUUAUGAGCAUUGCAUUUCUAACAAUGAAUGAUAUCCUCAGCACACCACCUACAAGUAAUUACAAAUUGAAUGGUCUUGUUGUAACAACAACAACAGCAAAACUCAAGUCAAUUGACAUUACGAUGCAUUUCAUGCCACUAAAUACCACACUUGCACAAGCAAGUGCACAAUGUGUAUUUUGGAAUCUCAAGAAUGAAGGUUGGGAUACAGAAGGGUGCAAACAUGAAAUAAAUGGAAUCAACAUUAUAUGCCAGUGUAACCAUCUGACAACCUUUUCUCUAUUGAUGUCGCCGAUAACAGACUUUGAGGCACCCCUAUGGUUGAGCGUGUUAAACUAUGUUGUACUUGGCACAAGUCAGGUCAGUUUGAUAAUUGGUAUUAUUAUAGAAGCAAUUGUUUGGAAGAACCUCACCAAAAAUACUACCUCACUUGCCCGUCAUAUUGCAAUACUGAAUAUUGCGCUCUCUCUACUGAUAAUGAAUACAUUGUUCUGUAUACACCCGUUUCUGAAGCCAAAGGACAUAAGUUGUAAAGUGGCCAUUUAUUUUAUUCACUUCUUCUUGCUUGCCUUGUCUUUUUGGAUGUUCACGCUGGGCCUCCUACUUCUUUACCAUUUAGUUUUUCUUCUCAGAAAUUACAGCAGAACAUCAAUGAUGCUCAUGUCAUUUAUCCUGGGCUACACCUGUCCAUUCAUAAUUGCUAGUUCUGUGCUUGUGAAAGGCCACUUAAAGGACAAUUAUAUUGAAAAGAAGAAUUGCUGGAUUAAUGUGAAGCAAAUUGAUAUUUUCCAUUCAUUUGCUUUGGUGCCACUGAUCGUCGUUGGAAUGAAUUUCCUCAUUACAUUAUUUGCCAUAGUUAAGAUGCUGCGCCCAGCAAUCGGGGAGAAAUCCAGCGGUCAGCAAAGUGAUAAAAAUUCAGUCAAGCUGAUUUUGAGAUGCAUUAUCAUCCUAACUCCACUUCUGGGUCUCAGCUGGUUGCUGGGAAUUAUAUAUGUGACACCAAGUGCUGGAAAUAUAUCAGUUUGGAAAGAAAUCUUCAGACCAGUAUUUGAUAUUGCCAAUGGGCUUCAGGGAUUCUUUAUUUUGAUUUUUGGGAUAAUCAUGGACAAAAAGGUACGAGAAUGUCUAAAACAACGGUUCUUACCACAAACUUAUACACAAAUGUCGUCUGCAGCGACCAAUUCAACUUCACAAUCAAAUUCACAUUCUUAAUGAACAUCUGGAUACCAACAUUUUCGAAAUAAAAGGAUCACUCAAGAUAUUGCUCAGCACCGACAGGUCAAAGUGCUUUGCGGAUCAUCAUCACCAAACAAACACGUCCAGAUGCUGAAAACAUUCAGCAUGUCAGGCAGCAUCUGUGAGAAAAGCAGUUAACAUUUCAGUUUGAUAACUUUUCAUCAAUUAAAUGACAAAUUAACAUUUUUCAACCUGAAACUAGUUUUCUUUCUCCACGUAUGCUGCCUGGGCUGCUGAGUGUUAGCAGGUGUUUCUGUUAUUAUUUCACAAGACAUUCUCUUCGUAUAAAAUAUAAUUUCAACUCUGCAUCAUUUAUUGAGAAAGGAUAUCCCGAUAUUGUUUAUUUGCUCAUGUGAGUACUUUUCUUCAAAGUACUAUUAACAUUACUUGUCCAAAAAUAUAUAUAUUCUAAUUGCAAAAAGUGAUAAAUAAUUCUGAAAUAUUGUAAUCCAAACUUGUACUGAAAAUACAAAUACAUUAAGUAAAAGUUUUUUUUGGUUUAUUGCAAUUACUUUACAUUAUUUAUGCAGGUGUUUUAUUGAAGGCUGCACACAAUGGCAUCAUUAUUUGUUGAGAGAAUGGGAAAAAAUGGAUAUGCCUAUCCCAUUCCCAACUCUCUGGUUGACAGUGUGGUCAACUAUCUUUUAUUAACUCUUUUUAUUUUGAAUGAUUGCAAAAUACUAAAUACCUAUGCUUUUGUACAAUAGGCUGUGUAUGGUAGUUAGAAUAAAGAUAUAAACUGUGGACUGAUAUAGAAAGUUUGAUUUCAAUGUAAAUUAAAGACUAAACCCAAAUCUGUUACCAUACCCAAGGGUUCUGUGGUGGAUUUAAUGCCAUCUUGCUUAAAAGAUCACAAAUUUCUGCCAGAGAAUUUUGCUGUUAAGUGACUGACCAAACACUUCUUUUUAAAAUCCAAUGUUGUUUUAAUUAAUGCAUUAUUUUGAUGUGUAUAUAUUUUUGUUAUCCUUCUAUAGCUUUUUGGAAUCAGAGAUCAUGUUGUGUGCAUUUACAAAAGCUGAUCUGUCCAUUGUGAUUAUUACUAGCGAUUGUAAAAUGGAGGGAAUGGGGAUAUAAUCAAUAAUACAGGUAGUGCGUAGUAUAGAGGUUGGGGUGAGAGAACAUUUUAAUGACCACUCCAUUCUGAAUAUAACUUUAAAUUUAGCAUUUAUUUUUAAUGUCACUUUUAUUUUAACUUUUAUAGUGUGUUGUUUGCUAUUGGAAGGAAGUGGGGAUUUUGCCAAGAAAUAAAUAUAAACUGGAGCUGAUUAAGUGCAUUGCCAUUAAUGUGUAUAUUUAGGUCAAAGAAGCAGACAAUUGUAUUCACCUGGGUAGACAAAAGUGCUGGAGAAACUCAGCGGGUGCAGCAGCAUCUAUGGAGCGAAGGA